AUGACGAGAAACCCACCAGAGAGUAGAGGCAUUGAGACUGACAGCGUAUCGGAGGGAACAUCAGAGAGGAUUCCUGUGGAGGCAGAUUUCCUUUAUGCUUUCUCUACGGCUCCAGGCUACUACUCUUGGAGAAACACAUCCAAUGGUUCCUGGUUCAUUCAGGCGUUGUGUGAGAUGUUGCAUGGGUGCAGUGGAGAGCUGGAGCUGAUGCAGAUCAUGACCAGAGUCAACCGCAAGGUAGCAACGCACUUUGAGUCUUCCUCAAACCUCCCUGGAUUCAGUGGCAAGAAGCAGAUCCCCUGCAUCGUCUCCAUGUUGACCAAAGACUUCUACUUUCCUGUCUAGAUCAAGAUACAUGGCUUCUUUUGUCCUAUGACCCAAUCCAUAUGUUUAUAUGAUUUUACUUGAAAUGAAAUAUACU